AUGGCACGAACGACCAGGGCGCCUGUGCCCCUCAAGCCGAUUCCACUGAAAACGAUCCACACGUACCCCAGCAAGAAUGGCACGGCGUCCAUCAACAUCUUUUCCUACCCGCAGCGUGUGCCCACCUUCAUGGGUGGCAGCUACGAGCGAGACUGGGGCUCGUUGGCAGGAAGCGUCGACAUCAAGAUCCACGAAGCGUCUGGCGACCGCGUCUCUGCAAUCAAACUCACGCUUACAGCUAUACAAGUAAUCACGGUCCCAAAGGCAGCCUCGGUCGAUGCACCUUCUGCACUCGAUCGUAUGGCCAUCGACACAGAAGAGACCAAGACCAAACAAGUGACGCUUCUCGAGCUUGAACAGAUCCUGUUCGAGCCGCUCAAGUCCGAUGUGGAUCGAGAUGCCAAUCUCUUGCCUCAAGGCAAACACGUUUACCCUUUCAGCAUCAACCUCCCGCUCCUGGGCAACAAGGACAAGAAGAAUCCGCCCCUCCUGCCUCCCUCGUGCGUCAUCGAGCCUCUGCUGCAGGGUCCCACCGAUGCCAAGCUGCGUCAAGCCCAGGCUUCCACCGGCCUUUUCGGCAGAAGUAAAGCCAACGAGAAAGGACAGCUUCGCCCAGCCUGGGCUACGGUCAAGUAUCAGCUCAAGCUAACCGUUCAGAGGCCAGGUAUGCUGAAGCGCAACGUGCGCAGCUACGCUCCCUUUGUCUACCUGCCUCCGCCGCCGUCCGCAGCAUCCUCCCUCUUGCUGCAAAGGCGGGCGCUGGGAGCACAAAUGGCGGCCAUCGUUAUCGAACGUCAAGGCGAUGGGUGUCAGCCUAUGGAGACGCCGCAAGACUGGCGUCAGCGUCUCCUCCCCUUCCUCUUGUCUCCCAAUGGCCAACAGAAGCUCGAGCCUGAAAAGAAGACUGGCUUUCUAUCACACUUGUUCGGAGGCACCAAAAAGCCAGAAAUGAUCAACUGGCACGAAGCAUGGACCUUUUCCAUGCCCAUGAGCGGUCGUUCGUCGUUUCCGCUUCGUUCUGCGAUCCCCUUCAUCGUUCGUUGCACCACCAAUAAACCCAUCGACCUCAGCAUGUCUUCGCCACUUGCCUUCAAACUCUAUCGUAGGGUGCGACUAUUGACAGGCAAGAAGCAGAAGGCGGUGGCGAUGCAGCAAGAGCCGGUGGCCGAGGCGGUGCUUCGCUACGCAGUCGAGUCCCGCGGAGUACAUCGCAUCAACGGCGUCAUCCCCUUACCGCCUAAUUGCGUUCCAUCUUUUGACCUUCCUAGCCUCUCGCUCGACUAUUUCGUUGCCGUGGUACGCCUGCUCGACGGCAGCGUUUUGCACAAGGAAGCCGUCAACCUCGCCUGCCCACCGCCUGUCGAGCCGAAAACGGCUUACGGUCCGUAUCCUUCUGGACUGGCUUGGCGAAGUGCUAGAGAAGCGGCUCUCAGUCCGCCUGAAUCACCAUCGUCGCCGGAAGAGUCGCCUCCUCUUGCGCCGCACGCGUCGAGUUCCCCGACGGCACUCGCAGUGCCUUCGCCCUCCUCACGGCAACGACCGAGCUUCAGCAGCAUCGCCAGCACCAGCUCAAGCAGCGCUCAUGCAAACAGUCGACGAACAUCGGUGACUCCGUCUUUCAGGUCGUACCGCACUGGUUCUACAGACUCCACACACUACGCCUCUGCAGCAAGCUCGGUCAAUCAUGCCAAUGCAGGCAAUACUGCUGCAGCGGCCGCUGUAGCUGCUCUCGCCUCUGGCCCUACAUCAGCGCCGAUGGGCUUGGCAGGCAUGGCCAAUCCACCGCCAGCCUCUUCCGCAGGCGCUUCUGGCUUGGCGGCGCAUGCUCCGUACUCCAGCAACCUCGAUCCGGUUCGAGAGCAAAGCAGAGCGUUCUCUGUGCGAGAUGCCCCAAGCUCUCCCAUCCCACAAGCUGCUCCCACCAACACUGCGAUUGUUGUGCACGAUGCGAGCGACACAGCAUCGAUUGCUAGCAGCACUCGCAGACGGCACCAAUACUCGUCCAGAGGCGCGACUCCCAUCCCUCCGUCUGGAUCCACUCGAUCUUCUGUGGAUCACGAGGUUCGACCCGAUGCUAGUCGUUACGUACACGUGCAUGAAAAGGUUCCACCUACCGAAUCAAUGGCUUCGCUCUCCAUGUCAAGAUCGGUCAGCAUGGAGGGUAGCAACAGCCGACGCGGACUAUUCGCCGCCAAUGCCGAAGACCUGCCGAGCAUCCCUGCCCAAGCAUCUUCUUCAGCGCGCGAACAAGCAAACGCGCUCGUAGGUGCAUCGUCUUCCAGACCGCGGCGAGAUGGACGCGCUGAUAGAGAGCGGCGUACCAGCUCGCGCAGUCGAGCAGAAGUGCAGCCCAGCACCUCAAGCACCAAGGAUCGUCGCCGCAACGCUGGUACUCGGCCAUUGCCUGCGACGCCCGCCGAUCCACCCUCAUCACGUUCCCAGGCACAGGCACAACCACCACCGCCACCUGCACCGACCGUUGCCGAUCCAGUACCACAACAACCAGUCCUGCUCGAUCCAGCUGCCGUGCUCACCAAUGAGGACCUGAUGUACGGCGAAGACAUGGAACUUGACCUACCGCCCAGCUACUUUGAAGCCGUCCACGGCGCCGAAGAAGAGGACGAGGACGGCUGA